AUGACGAAAGCAAGCCCUCAAUGGCCGGAGCCAAUUGCGAUUGUUGGAAUGGCUUGUCGGCUGCCUGGUGGAAUAAACAAACCAGAAGAUCUAUGGAAUCACGUCUCCCAAGGCCUAUCUUCGGCUGGGGAUGUCCCACGGGAGCGUUUCCAUGCCGACAACUUUUCCUCUAUGGAUCCUGGUCGACCUGGAAAGGCUGCUGUGUCCCGUGGUCACUUUCUUGAUCGAGACCUGCGAGACUUCGAUCAUCGAUUCUUCGGGAUCAGCAAAGAUGAUGCGAUGGCGAUGGACCCUCAGCACAAACAACUGCUUGAAGUGGUUUACGAGUGUCUGGAAUCCGCUGGAAUCCCUACGGCCCAUGUAAAGGGAGCGAAUAUCGGAUGCUAUUGUGGAUCGUUCACCUCAGAUUACCAUGACAUACAGAUAAGGGAUCCAGAGAAUCUUCCAACGUACAUGUCUAUUGGAACUACCAGAUCAAUGCUGGCGAACCGGAUCAGCUAUGUCUUUGAUUUUCGUGGCCCGAGUAUAACGUUUGACACGGCAUGUUCCACUGCGCUCGUCGCCCUACAUAUCGCAUGCCAGGCUCUCCAGUCUGGAGAGUGCGGUGGAGCAAUAAUUGGCGCCACAAACCUUUUCAUCAACCCGGAGAUUGCGUUGGCCAUGUCCCGCUUUGGAAUACUGGCCCCGGACGGGGUUACCAAGACUUUUGAUGCUGAUGCACAUGGAUACGGCCGUGCCGAUGGAAUAAAUGCAGUUUAUAUCAAGAGACUGAGCGAUGCUUUGAAUGACGGAGACCAUAUCCGCGGCGUUAUUAGAGCCACCUCGACUAAUAGUGAUGGGGCCACGUCCGCGAUCACUGUGCCGUCGCAUAAAGCGCAAGUAGAUGGUAUCCGGAAAGCUUACGCAUUGGCCGGCAUCGAGGAUCUCGACCAGACCGCAUACUUUGAGUGUCAUGGAACUGGCACGCCAACAGGCGAUCCUAUCGAGGUUUCUGCAGUGGCAUCGGUAUUCGCACCAGCCAGGGAGAGUUCGGAGCCCCUGUGGAUUGGUUCUACGAAGCCAAACCUGGGCCAUUCCGAAGCUGCAAGCGGGCUCACCAGUCUGAUCAAAGUCGUACUUGCCAUGGAGAAUAAAGCAAUACCACCCAAUAUCAAUUUUGACGUGCCCAACCCCAAUAUUGACUUUGACGGGUGGAAAGUCCGUGUACCAACAACUGCCCACCCUUGGCCCGAAGGUUGCAAGGAGAGAGCGAGCAUAAACUCGUUUGGAAUCGGGGGAUCAAAUGCUCAUGUUGUCAUUGAGUCUCAGCACGAGCAUCGACCGUUCUGUGACCAUGCACAUCCAGGCGCUUUAGAAGGCCAACGUGGAACGAAUCCACCCUUUCUCAUAGUUCUGACGGGCAAUUCGGUGAAAUCCAUGGAGAUGAAUAUUUCAAACCUAUCCACGGCCCUUCAACAAUCUCUAUAUGAUCAAAUACCCUUGUGUCAGCUGUCUAAGGAAAUCAAUACCCGAAGCCAGCCGCGAAGCAGGCCUUUCAAAUCCUAUUUCAUCGCGAAGGGCGCCAUGGAACUAGGGAAGACACUCCACGGCUACACGUAUGAUCGCCAACUACACCUGCAAAAGCAUAAUAGACCUCGUCUAUUAUUCACUUUCACCGGUCAAGGUGCAUUAUGGUCUCAGAUGGGCAAAACAUUGAUGGAUCGGUUCACGGUAGCAGAGGAAACAUUGAAACGGCUUGACCAUAUGAUAUCAGGCCUUCAGUCCAACAACGCAGCAAGGUGGUCCUUGAUUGAUAAAUUGGCCACCCAGCUAUCGCCUAGUGAGAUCGGCUCCGCCGAGCUUGCUCAGCCGCUGUGCACCGCCGUUCAGAUAGCCCUGGUUGACCUUUUGGCCAGUUGGGGAGUCCACCCUGAUGCUGUUGUGGGCCAUUCUGCGGGCGAGAUUGCUGCCGCUUAUGCCUGUGGUGCAGUCAGCGCGGUAGAUGCAAUAAGAAUUGCCUACUAUCGUGGAAUCGUUCUGGACAGCGCCCCAGAGGGAGCCAUGAUGGCAGUCACUCGCGGGGCAGAGCACAAAGAGUUGCAAAGUGUGUUGAAUCAGACCAACUUGUCCAUUGCCUGCAUCAACAGCGCUGAAAAUGUAACAAUCUCUGGGACUGUCGGCGGCAUCCAGAGUGCCUAUACCAAGCUAACAGAUAUGGGGAUCUCCUGCAAGGUUUUACCUGUCUCGCGCGCAUACCACACCGGUGCAAUGAAUGGUGCCGCGUCCAAGUACUCUGAUAUCCUCCAAGAAUUCCUCCGUCCAAAUAAGGCCAAACUUCCGAUGUACUCGUCUGUUUCUGGGACGGAAGUCGAUGGAACCAGCCUGGACGCGCGGUACUGGGAGCUUAACCUACUCAAUCCAGUUCAAUAUUACAAGGCUGUCAAACAGGCCCUCACAUCAAUGUCUGCAUUGGAUGCAUUCUUGGAAAUCGGUUCGCAUCGUCUGCUGUCUCGGCCUACACAAGAAACCCACCAAGAGGUUGAUACUGGUGGCGUCAGGCGCCCUUAUCUAUCAACCAUGAUUCGACAGUCUGAUACCCCCUACCAGCUGAUGAAACUUGCUGGCGACCUGGUCAUUCUCGGAGUUGACGUGGACUUGGACGAGGUGAAUGGUCCGGUGGAGUCGGGGAGGCAUACCAGUCCGUCAAGUAAAUACCUGGCAAACCUUCCGUCCUAUGCAUGGGACUACUCAUCCAAAGAUUGGUCUGAGCCUCGUCAGAGUUCUGAGUGGCGCCUGCGUCAGGCACCCCGACACGAGCUUUUAGGAAGCCUUAUCCCUGGAGGCAACCCAAUGGCUCCAACCUGGCGAAAUAUAAUCUCCCAACGGGAGCUAUCUUGGGUCGUCGAUCAUCAGAUAAACGACGUUCCAACCCUUCCUAUCUCGGCGUACGUGGCCAUGGUCAUAGAAGCCCUGGCGCAACUGUAUGAACGAAAUGGGCAGGAAAACCGGCCCCAGUCAAGGCCCCAGUUCAAGAUUGAGAAUUUGGUUCUCUCAAGAUCCAUCAUAUUCCCAGAUGAUGAACCGGUCGAAACAUUUGUCUCGCUGAAUCCAUCCCAGGUGUCCGGGUCGCGUGUAUUGGCGGUUGAUUUUAACGUUGUUUCAGUGAGACAGAAAAUCGCGACAUCCCAUUGUCAAGGGAAAGCUUCAAUGGCCAUCAUUGAUGAUGUUGAGACCGUUCGGGGGACUCAACGACCUCCCCACGGCGACUUGCCACUGUCAAUACCCGUCAAGAAAUUCUACAAGUCUUUAGAACGCAUUGGCUACGGUUACGGCCCUAAGUUCCGCCUGCUGUCCGAAGUUCGAGUGCGUCCGGGCUCACAAUUCUGUGCCGCCACACUGAAGACAUCGCCGGAGGAGGCAAGUCACCAGCGAUACAUUGUGCAUCCUAUCGUACUAGAUGCGGCCUUGCAGACGCUGGUUCUUUCACAAUGUGCCGGUCUCUACCAACAGAUGCAAACAAUGAUUCUCCCUUCUCGAAUCAAUACAAUCUCCGUCUCCGUGCCCUUUGAGCCAUUCAGCUCAUGCGUUUCAGAGACCCAACCGGCCGGCUUCGGGCACAUCACUGGCGCCAGUGAGUGCUUCGACGCUCUUGCAAGGCCGUUCUUGAGUAUACAUGGGUUGCAGAUGAAUCAUGUAAUGAGGGAGACGAAUACCUCGAUGCCGUGGAUACGACUAGCUUGGAGGCCCAGCAUUGAUGAUGCCAUUCGUAAUGGGUCCGCUUUAUGGUGCUCGACAAAGUCUGAUCUCUCAGCCAGAGCAGGAAUACAGGAACUCGAGAGCUUAGUCGCAGAAUUGAUUGUCUUGAUUGAUGACGACGACGACUUCCAAGUGAGCGAUAAGUCACCACCCCACAUGCAUUUAUAUCGUACUUGGUUACGCCAUCAUGCGAAAUGCCACCGGACAGUGAAAUCGAAAUGCAGGGAUCGUAAUCCUACCACAGUUGCACAGCUUGUGUCAAACACGGAAUUCCCCGAUUCGGUGGAUAUUCAACUCGCCUCCCGGCUAGCACUGAAUGUAAAGCAGAUCUUCGCCGGCCAAGUUGAUUCACCCGCUGUGAUGUUAGAGAAUGAUCUGUUGUACAGGAUUUAUGAAGAUAGCUUUGUGUCUGACAGCAUGAACUGCAAACUCCAAGCUGCGGCGCAGCUGCUGGCACAUAAUAGCGCGAAUAUGAAGAUUCUAGAAAUCGGAGCCGGCACUGGAGGUGCUACCAGCCACGUUUUGCAGGGAUUGCUUCAAGUCGGUGGAAGAGUCAAAUAUCAUUCCUAUACGUUCACCGACAUAUCCUCCUGGUUCUUUGACAAAGCUAAACGAAAGUUUGCUGGUUUCGAACGCAUUCAGUUCAAGGCACUCGAUAUCGAAAAGAGCCCGGCCGAACAAGGCUUCAGUGACAAGUACGAUCUCAUAGUUGCAUCAAAUGUUCUUCAUGCAAUAGCGGAUAUGGAGAAUGCGAUGAGAAACGUUCGCAGGUUACUGGAAGAUGGUGGGCAUCUUCUGCUCGCGGAGCUUUCUGGAGACCUUAUCGCGCCUGGAUUUCUUAUGGGAAGUCUCCCAGGAUGGUGGCUGCGUUCACAGAAUCCAACCCAGCCAGGACCUGGGCUCACCCGUGAGGAAUGGAACUCCCUUUUAUCAGAUUCAGGGCUCUCUAAUCCAGUGGAUUUACUUCUUCCCUCAAACGAUGGAUCACCAGGGGACUUGGAUUAUACGAGUGUCAUGCUUAUCAACGCCAUACCAAGAAAUCCUCCAAGGGAAGACCUUCUACAAGCUCCGCGUGUCUAUGUCACCGGUCCCGGCAGCUCGGUCGAAAUCCAAAGAUCAUUGACAGAUAGAUUGUCAAUUUCAGGGAUAGAUGCCACCUUCUGCAGUCUCCCGAUGCUAUCCAACAAGCCCCAGCAUGGAGAAUGGUUGGUUCUGUUUGAUACUGUUGGAGACAGCAUCCUUGCUUCGCUCCAGGCGAGGGAUCUCGAAGUGCUAAAGCUCUGGCUUGAUGAGCCUAUCAAUUGCUUGUGGAUUACGAGAAAUGUGCACCUAAACCCACAGAAUGCGGCGGGUGGCUUAGUGGCAGGUUUUGCUCGUACUCUUCGCCAGGAGAAUCGCCGAUUACGAUUCUACACCUUGGAUUUCAGCUCCGAUGAUAGUAAGACCAUUGCUAGCAUUAUUGGACAUAUCGUUUUGACAGUGUCCAAAUCCGACAUUAAUAAACCCGAGUAUGAGCUUGCAGAAAGGGACGGUCAGCUUUGGACGUGCAGACUCCAGACAGACCCUCGCUCUCAAAGAGCCUUUGGUCCAACUCGGCAGCUAGAUCUGACCGUUGGUGAUAUUAUGCACAGUCCAUAUUCUCUGACGGUUCAGGAACCCGGUAUUGUUGAUAGCCUGGUGUUUGCAUUCGAUGAAGACCCCUGUGCUGCGAUGACUAGCGAGGACCUAUUGAUAGAGGUAAAAGCGGUGGGCCUGGACAGCGAGGUACAAAUUGCUCCUAAUUCCUUGGUGGAACGGUAA